CCCUUCCCGAAAGGGGAGCCAUUCGAUGGAGCUCUCAUGCUCUCUCGGGGUGGUGGGCAGCUCACUCUCCCAAUCUCGCGCAAGCCAUGUGCAUCUCCGGAUACGUAUUGGUGUGGCUCCAUCAUCUUGGGGCCAUCGUCGUCGUGGUCUCCUCGUCAUAAGCCAACAACAGUCCGAGCAGGAGAGUCGUACAAGUCUUGUCUGCGCCGCGUUCACUUAGAGUGAAAAAGUUUUGCAAAAUGAUCACAUCUAUCAAUGAGCCAAAGUACCGUAUCGCGUUCGGUGGUGGUUUGCUGCAGCUGUGCUAGGCGCCUAGGAACGCACUUUCACGAUGAAGUGAAGAAUAUUGGCUGAGAUUUCGACUAUGAGUUCGCAGUUGAUCGACACAAGAACCGUGCGGCGACGACAGCCUUGAGUUCCAGUCCGUGAAAUGAACCCGCGUGUGCGCGCAUUUUGGCAGUGUGAGUGUAUAAUGUAAAUAUAGAGGAAACCCAGGCUUAUGAAGUUUGAAAACAAGAAGAGUGUAAAAAAUAGAAGCAUGAAUCAGGUGUUUACAGUCGUAUGCCAUUCCGUACAUUCAACAGUUGCUAGUGUUUUUUGUGAGUGACGGUGGCAGCAUAGGUGUCUAUCGAUAUCCAAGUUAAUUCUCGAAUGCAACCAAACUGCAGUAAAAUUUAAAUUUAUACUCGUUCAAUCGGACGUACGAUUACUAGUGUAAAGUGCGAAGUGCGCGAAACUCUGAAAUCACUUGACUCGAAAGUAAACAUUGAACAUAUUAAGCCAAGAUCUCGUCGGCAGUGCUGAAAGAAGAAAGAUAGGAGAGCGAGAGGGAAACCAACUUUGGAACAGAUUUUGUCAUCUUGAAGAAAUACUCCAGUCGUCGUUUAUUGCAAUCCGCAUUGCAUUUCAAUUCAUGACAAAAAUCCACAAAAGCGGAUUUGAAUCUACGGAAGCGUAGCGUCUGCAUCAAAUCCGCGGAAUCGUCGGUCGGUUGCGUGACGGAUAGCAUCAUCGAGCUUGCACUCUUUGCGUCACUGACCGUCUCAAAGCGUGGGGGUGUGGUCGCGGGUAAUCAACCUGCGUCAGUCAGUGCUCGAAAUGAUGGCAAACACGAAACGGCCAACCAAAUCGGGUUUAGAAACAGAGUCCCCAAUCGAGAGUGUACAUAUUAAUUAUUAAUGUCAAACAUGUCUAAGUGUUUGAUGGUGUUGAUUGCGAAUAAAGUGUGCAUUAGUGUUUAGAUUCGAUUUCCUUCACUGUCAACGUAUUUCGUGAGGAAGCAGCAAGUGCAUGUGUUAAUUGCAUUGAAUUAAUUCUACCAAGUGCACAGAAGAAAGAAGAAGAAAGAGAGAAAAAGUGCGCAAAGAUUUUUUUUAGCGAUCCAGCACGCGCCGUUAUGUGAACCCGGACCGGCUUUCAGCGUGGGAACGGUGCUUAGUAGUGUGGAAGCGUUGCUUUAAUUGAGUGAGUGCUUAGUGAUAUUAAUAUAUAAAAAGGGCAUCAAGUGUAUCAGAAGAGCGUCCAAUCAUGGCUUCUUCGGCAACGUUAAGUGCGGAGGGAAGCGGCAAACAGCAGCAAUCGCCCCGCAAUACCGGAGGCCAAACUGCGGUCAUUCCAACCGCAGUAAAGCUGGGCACGAUAGAAGUCCCGAAAGCGCUUCAGGAUGGCGAAAAAUUUCUCAAAUGGGAUGAGGAAUCCUGCACCGGGACGCCAGUGACAGUUCGAGUAGAUGCCAAAGGAUUCUACCUCUAUUGGGUGGACCAGAAUCAUGAAAUGUACUUCCUCGACAUUGCCACAAUUCGUGACGUACGCACAGGUCCGUACGCUAAAAAGCCAAGGGACAUGAAACUCCGGCAGUUGGUCACCAUGGGCUCCCAAGAUACACUCGAAGAGAAGACUGUAACCGUUUGCCAUGGUGCCGAUUUCGUCAAUGUGAACUUCAUCAACUUUUGCUGUACUAGAAAGGAAAUUGCUAGGUUAUGGAGCGACGAGCUCAUCCGGAUGGCAUACAAUCUGACCCAGCUGAACGGACCCGCGAUAAUGUUCCUCCAAAAAGCGUACACCAAACUUUGUCUGCAGGUUGACAAGAGCGGGAAGGUUCCCGUUAAAACCAUCAUCGAAGCGUUCGCCACCAACAAGGCCGAGCGGCGACGCGUAGAGAAGGCACUCGACGUUUCCGGACUGCCCUCGGGGAAGGGCGACACGCUGGCGCUGUCCAAAUUUCAGUUCGAGGACUUUUUCAAUCUGUACAAAAAUCUCACCCAAAGAACCGAAGUGGAGAAGGUCUACGAUGAACUGGUUGGAACUUCGAAGAGGCGGCUCAUGUCCACAUCGCAGCUAGUCGAUUUUUUGAACAAAACGCAACGUGACCCCCGGCUGAAUGAAAUACUACAUCCCUACGCAAACACGGCACGGGCCAGGGAGCUGAUCCAAGAGUACGAGCCGAACAAGUUCAACGCUCAAAAGGGACAGCUUAGCUUUGAUGGCUUUUUGAGGUACUUAAUGUCGGAGGAUAACCCAAUCAUGGCCCCGAGCAAGCUGGACUUGUGCGAUGACAUGGAUCAACCGCUGUCACACUACUUCAUCAACUCGUCGCACAACACCUACCUAACGGGUCACCAAAUCACGGGCAAAAGUUCGGUGGAAAUAUACCGACAGAGUUUGCUCGCCGGAUGCAGGUGUGUCGAGUUGGAUUUCUGGAACGGUCGCACCGAGGAGCCCAUUAUCGUUCAUGGAUACACCUUUGUCCCAGAAAUUUGCGCAAAAAACGUACUAGAAGCAAUAGCUGAAACAGCAUUUAAAACAUCCGAAUUUCCUGUGAUACUAAGUUUUGAAAACCACUGUAACCCGAGGCAGCAGGCAAAGAUAGCUAACUACUGUCGUGAUAUUUUUGGAGAUAUGUUACUAGAUAGGCCCCUAGAUUCCCAUCCCCUCGAGCCGGCCAUGGAUUUGCCCUCGCCGGCUGCACUGAAGCGCAAAAUCAUCAUUAAGAAUAAGAAAAAGCACCACCAUCAUCACCAUCACCACAAAAAGGGCACCGUCACAGGUUCCUCGGCGGCAGCGGCGGUGAUAGCAUCCAAUGCAGUGAAUAGCAGCAAUAUAACGACCACGGCCGGAACCAUCAUCGCUGGGACCGCCACCAUGGGCGCCAAUAAUAAUGUCAGCAAUAACGUAAACGCAAACACCACUUCCGCUACGCUGAUGGCAACCGCGGCGGCCGGAACGGCAACAAUCAUCUCCACCAGCACCGGUAAUAGUGGCAGUACCGGUGCAACACCAGCUGUACCAGCAGGUGCAAGCUUACAGCAGCAGCAGCAACAACAGCUACAAUCUCAGUUACCAAUUCAGGAGGAAAGUUCCACCGCUCUCGAAACCACAACCACCACCACACCGAGCACCAACUUCAACAAUGGCAUCAACAGCAGCAACAACAGCACUCUCAUUACCACCGGCACCAGUACUACAUCACCCACUUCCACCCUCACCUCCAACGUUGUCAACACGCCACAAGCGAUAGCAACUGGUAAUGGCGACGUGACGCACCAUGCACCCCCAUUACAGCAAAUACGGCAGAGUUCAAAGGAGAGCACCGGUUCGUCGAUCGACGAUGACACGGAUAGUUCCAGCGACGACGAGGAAUCGAUGCCGGGUGCGCAAGCCGGGCCAAUUGGAUCCACCGAGGCCGACAAAGUGCCGCAAACCAAAGAGACUGAAGCGGGUGCGGAAAUUUCCGCUCUCGUCAACUAUGUUCAACCUGUACAUUUUAGUAGUUUUGAAAAUUCCGAAAAAAAGGCACGAUACUACGAGAUGUCUUCGUUCGACGAGAAACAGGCUACCACGUUGCUGAAGGAACGACCAAUUGAAUUUGUUAACUACAACAAGCACCAGUUGUCACGUGUCUAUCCCGCAGGAACGCGCUUCGAUAGCUCCAAUUUUAUGCCACAGCUAUUUUGGAACGCCGGUUGCCAACUAGUGGCUCUGAACUAUCAAACCCUGGAUUUGGCUAUGCAACUCAAUCUCGGCCUGUUCGAAUACAAUCAUCGGUGUGGAUUUCUGUUGAAGCCGGAAUUCAUGCGGAGAAAGGACCGCCGAUUGGAUCCAUUCGCCGAAAGUACCGUGGACGGCAUCAUCGCUGGUACGGUGAUUGUGACGGUAAUGUCCGGACAGUUCCUAACAGAUAAAAAAGUCGGAACGUACGUAGAGGUGGACAUGUUUGGCCUACCGGCGGAUACGGUGCGGAAAAAAUUUCGAACCAAAAUAGUGCGCGACAAUGGCAUUAACCCAAUUUACGGCGAGGAACCGUUUGUAUUCAAAAAGGUAGUUCUUCCGGAACUAGCUAGCAUUCGAAUAGCCGCCUACGAAGAAGGUGGAAAACUGAUCGGACAUCGGGUUUUGCCCGUGAUCGGCAUGUGUCCCGGAUAUAGGCAUCUAACGCUGCGAACGGAAGUGGGUCAACCAAUAACGCUGGCAACACUGUUUCUGUCCAUAGUGGUGAAGGAUUAUGUUCCGGAUGGAUUGUCUGAACUUGCAGAAGCUUUGGCCAAUCCAAUAAAGUACCAGAGUGAGUUGGAUAAGCGUUCUGAGCAGCUGGCGGUGCUUCAAGAAGAUAUGGAACCAGAAGAAGAGGAAGAAUCAUUUGUAAUUGUAUCUUUAGGUCCAAAAAAGGAUACGCUAAAAUCUAACGAUAAUGCUAGCAGUAGUCCGUUACACAGGCCCAGUGCACACCAUGUAUCUGCUCUGGCUGCUGGGGCAGCUGCUUCCACCGAUAGCGAUCACGAACGCGAAACUCCUCUGGAAAUGAUCUCAAAGGUUGUGGCUUUGCCCGUAGCGCAACCAUCGCUAGAACAAACUAGUCCUCUAUUAGUGAAGCAAGCGACCAUUCAACAGCAGCAACAUCCACUACAAUCUGAGAAGCAACAAUUGUCGUUUCAUGCUUCUGAUCAUGCGGAUGCUCCUAAGAUUGUGGCGGAACCUUUGGAGAAGAUUUUCGAAGACAAGCAAGUUCGAAAGAAACGGGAUGCUCUGGAGAAGGAAUUGAAAGCACUGAAGAAAAAUCACGACAAGGAGAAGAUCAAAGUGACGACGCAGAAAAGUGGAGAUCUGACUGAGGGAAUCAAGAAGAGCAAAUUUGGUAUGGGAAAUAAGUUAGUCAAACGGUUUAGCAGUAAGAAUAUGGCCGAUAUGAGCAUUCGGAUACCGCCCUGUGCGACGGAUGCAGACUCAUGUGAUAACAGCGCACAAGCGGAGCGAUUGAAACAAAUUUGUCGUGACCAUGCGAGUAGCUACCAGGAAGUGCUGGAGAAGUACCAUGAAGUUAUUUACAAUCUCGUUGAAGAUUUGCUACGACAAUCACAGGAAAGUCAGAUGAAACAACUGAAGGCACAACAUGAACGAGAGACUAGCGAGGUAAUGAGGCAUCUACAGCUAUCCAGGAAGAAUGAAGUGAAGCAACUUGCUCAAGUGCACAAAGAUAAGGACGAACUGGAGAGAAUGAAGCGAGAGGUUGACUCAACGCUGGUGGAGAAAGGCGUAGCCGAACGCGUUCGAUUGACUGCGAUGUACACACGAAAGCAAGAUGAACUUCAGCGACAACAUGAAGCUGUUAAGCAAGGGCUCGAGGAACAUCGAGCAAAAGCCAAAGCGAUGCUCGAGAAGGAGGCAGAAUCUCAUGCGUGUAUAUCGGAAACCUUUCUGGCGCAUCUCAACACCAGCACCAGUACAACCAGCUGCUCAUCGGUGGGAACGGUGCCGACGACUUCGAUUUCCAGUGGAAACCUGUGCGCCAGUGCUGGUGGGCCCAUUACAAAGUCCGUUUCCUCCUCCUCGAACGCACACGAAAACAACGUUAACAAUACUCACGUACAUUUUGCGGAGUAAGCAUCGGUUUGAUCUAGUCAUUAUUAGUGUUAAAAGUUAUUCAAGUGCAAGCAAUCUACUAGUUUGGGAGACUGAAACGUGAAUAGUUUGAUUGACGUUGAGAAGUUGCACAUUGGUUAGGAAACAGUAAUCUCUAAUUCAAAUUGACUGAUAAGAUAAUCGGAAAGAUUAACGUGUAACUUUGGUAGAUUUAUGAUUGAUAUUUGGUGAAGCAUUUGCUAUCUCCAGUAUUUGUGCAACAGAAACAAUUCCAAUUGAUUUAUGUU